AUGGCCCCGGCCCCUGCUCCUGCAGCGGUUAAGCAAACGUCGAGCGGCGGCUCGGACAAAUCCACCUUCAAGCGCAUUGAGGACGAGGAGGUCAAGCCGUAUGUCAUCGUGAGCGACCUUGGGAAGGGCAGCUUCGCGACGGUGUACCGAGGGUAUCAUGAGCAAACACACCGACAAGUAGCGAUCAAGACCGUCAGUAGGGCAGGCCUUAGCCCCAAGCUCUUCGAUAAUCUGCAAGGCGAGAUAGAAAUCCUCAAGGCGUUGUCGCAUCGGCAUAUCACAAGAUUGCUGGAUAUCGUUCGUGCAGAGAGGAACAUAUAUCUCAUCAUUGAGUUCUGCGCCGGCGGUGACCUCUCGAAUUACAUCAAGAAACGAGGCAGGGUGGAGGGUCUCGAAUACGUACGUUCUCCUGGCGCAGCUCCGACGUAUUACCCCCAUCCGAGAACAGGAGGUCUUGACGAAAUAGUCGUCCGUAGUUUCCUGCGUCAGCUUGCUCGCGCUCUGAAGUUCCUGCGACAGCGGAACCUCAUCCAUCGGGAUAUCAAGCCGCAGAAUCUGUUACUGAAUCCCGCAUCGCCCGAGGACCACGCAAGGGGCCAUCCGCUCGGCGUGCCUGUCCUCAAGGUUGCUGACUUUGGCUUCGCGCGGUCGUUACCUCAGGCUAUGAUGGCGGAGACGCUGUGCGGAUCACCACUUUACAUGGCCCCGGAGAUUCUCCGAUACGAGAAGUACGAUGCGAAAGCAGAUCUUUGGUCCGUGGGUGCCGUGCUGUACGAGAUGGCAGUCGGGAAGCCACCAUUCCGCGCGUCGAACCACAUCGAGCUUCUCAAGAAGAUCGACACCUCGAAGGGAAUCAAGUUCCCCGAUGAGGACCCGCAGGCCCAGGCGCGUACGCAGGCUGCAGGCGACGAGCUCAAGUCAGUGCCCAGUGACGUCAAGAUACUCAUCCGUAGUCUCCUGAAGCGCGUCCCUGCGGAGAGGAGCAGCUUCGAGGACUUCUUUGGGAGUACUGCCAUGGCAAAGUCCAAGUUCCCGCGUCCGACGCCUGAGUUGGCCGAUGAUGGUGGUGUCGAGUACGGCCCGGAUGGCAAGCCUAUCACACCAGCGCAUCACAAGGUCAUCCCGCCGGAGGUGCUUGACCCCAAAGCGAUGAUACCUCCCAGCAAGUUCAACUUCAGAAGACGGGAAAUUGUGAGCGGAGGAUCACAGGAUGUGCCAUCUGGAAGCAGGUAUGCUAGCGUGACAAUUUUACGGGUUAGUCCUACUGGCACCGGAAAUGGCAUUGCCGAAGUGUCGAGAUCACCAGCGAGGUCGCCACAACACGAACCUUCCCCUCUGCCUAAGCCGGCAUCCGGAGAGUCGUCCGACAUACCCGGAGAGACUGAAGAGGACGGCCUCCUUCGACGCGAGUACGUUCUUGUGGGUGACAAGCGAGCCGUAGAGAUCAACCGUGCUGUAGAUGGUAAGUCGACGAGACUUGUUCGUUCGAAGGCGCUGCCCAUCACGGAUGCUUUGUUUGCAGAGAUCAGCACUGCCCGACGACGGCCGUUGCACGACAGACGUGCGUUGCCCAUGCCCAUGCCCCUUCCCGACGCCAGGACACGGUCGGCCUACCCGGACUUUGGAACGCCCUCCCCCACCAACGCCAACACCACAUUCCCUCCACCACCGAAUCCCAACGCGCCCGCGCUUUCCUCCUCGCCCUCUAGCGCAGGCUCGCGCGCAGCGUCCAACGCGCUGACGCGCGCGUUGAACAUCGCCACCAAGAAGCUGUUUGGCUCGUCCGGUCCGCGGACGGCGUACUACAAGGAGUUCAGCCCGUCGCCGUCGUCGCCUCGGCGGCAGACCAUCCUGUCCGGUCGGAGGCAGGGCCUGGGGCUGCAAGUCAACGGCACGCGGGAUCCGAUGGAGGAUGAGCUCCUGGCCUCGCUUGAGCAGCUCGCGCAGAAGACCGAGGUGCUGACGCAUUGGGCGGACGAGAUGUACGAGUAUGUCAAGGCUAUCCCGCAGAAGCCCUUGCCGGACCCGACGAAGUUCAUACGCCGGGAGGGCGAGCCGGAGCGACACGCUGUGAAGCGGAAGAACGCGGAUAUCCAGGCGGAAUACAACGCGAUGACCGGCGUUGCGCUGUACAUGCUCCUCAUGUCGUUCUCGCAGAACGGCGUGAACAAGCUGUGCAAUUACUACGAGCACUUGCAGAUGCGGGAUCCGGAUGGAGAAAGCGAAGUCAGCGAGGGCUUUGAUGAAGCGUUGACCUACUUCGAGGACCACUUCAACAAGUGCCACGACCGUGCUGCCUUGGUGAAGACGUGGUUGCCAGCUCAGUACACGGGGCCGCCCACGUUCCUGGACCAACUCAUCUACGACCGUGCUCUCAGCCUUAGCAAGAUAGCCGCUCGGAAGGAGCUCACCAACGAGAUGUCGUCUCACGACGAGUGCGAGAAGCUAUAUGAAGAGGCGCUCUGGUGUCUGUACGCGCUGCAGGACGAUCUCCUGCAGAAGGACAACCCAUACAUCGAAGAGGACCGUGAGACAAUCUCGACGUGGAUCAAGCGGACGAAGCUGCGCCUCGUCCGGUGUCGUGUCCGGAUGGGCAUGAACGAGCACGACCGGCUCCGCGAUGCCAAUGCGGACGUGAAUCUCUCCGACGUACCUCGGGAGCCGCCUCCAUGGGAGGUACCCGUCCUAGAUCAACAAAUUCUGACGUCGCCGCGGUAGCCCCUUCAUCAUGCCUGGUACUUUUUCAAGUCAUUCCUUGUAUAGAUAUCUCUGCUGGGUGUACGUUACUGCUAACUAUUGGUCGGCGUGGUGGUUGUCAAUUACUCG